AUGGGGUGGAUGAAGGAGUCGCACGAGGGUACGUGUAACUUCUUGAUGCAGAACCAAACGAUGGAUCGCGGCACUGAUGCCAUGAAGGCCCACUUGUCCGGUUGUGACAAGAUGGACAUUCGUCAAACCCGCCGUGGUUGGUGCCAAGAGAUGCUUGGAUGUGAAGCCAAGACGGAGUUCCGUUACUUCAUCGGUGACCAACAGAUUGCCCAUUCUCUAGACGAUGCUUCCUGCUGCUGCCGAUUCUUCUGUCCCCUCAUCAGUCCCUUUGUGACAGUCGUCAAGGAAGUCAACACGGAGGCGGAGCUCUUGACUGUGAAACGUCCGUGCGCGUGCGCUCCCGGAGCCUCAUCCUUCAGCUCGGGUGGUGUCCCAUUGGGAUCGAUCAAGGAAAACUGCUACUACUGUGUUCCGCAGUACAAGAUCCGAGACGAUCAAGGCAAGGACGUGUACACGGUGCAUCCGCCUACCUGCUGUGGUGGUUGCUGCGUGAACUGUUGCGCCGAAGGCAAUCCCUGCACCCGCAAAGGCUGCUGCAAAGCGAGCUUUCGAAUGUACGCUCCGGGCCAGUCCAACACCAAUGGUGACGCUCCGUAUGUGGGUCAGAUUUUGAAGAAACCCAAAUCCGCCAUGGUGGAGAUCUUUACCGAUGCGGAUGCCUUUGAAGUGGCAUUUCCCAACGAUGCGUCGGUGGAGCAAAAAGCCUUGUUGGUGGGAACGGCCAUUUUCUUGAAUGCCAAUCACUUCGAGGAAAAUGCCAAUAGUGGCUGAUACUGGAAAGCGAUGCCUGUUUCUGCCUUGGUAGCAGCACAUACCGUUUAGCGAGUGGUUCCGUGGAAAAAAGAAGUAAAAAAAUCUAUAUAUGUUUAGUUAAGUUUCCGUUGUC